CGCGGUCACACUGAGCGGCGGCAACGUUUUUUGUUUGCAAUUUUUGUGUUGCAAUAAAAAUAAAUGCGAGCUGAAUUAGAGCCCGCGCUAUAAUUAUUUCAAUCCAUUUUCGGUCGGCGUGUGGUGCAAAUCUAUUCGAAAAUGUGCUGAAAAUCAUUUUAAUUAACAUCAGGCUAUUAUCUGCUAUUAUCAAACCCCACUCCACCCCGCCGCUUCUCUGGGCGUCUUGGUUCUCUGCUCGCGUGUUUUCCGUGUAGAUUAAAAUACUUUAGAUUUCCCGAUUUGGUAGUACCCCUGGCUGCACGUGCGUCACGCCACCCCAAGACCCUGCAAAAUGCACGAAUUAUUCAAGAGAAUUAUGGAUUACAAAUACCUGAGCCGGUCGCAAAUAAAUGGCUUCGACAACUACAAGUACAGCGCCAUAGACACCUCCCCGCUGAGCCAAUAUGUUAUGCAUCCAUUCUGGAAUUGGUUGGUCAAGUUCUUCCCGCGCUGGUUUGCGCCCAAUCUGAUGACGUUCCUGGGCUUCCUCUUUAGUGCCAUGAAUCUGGUGCUGCUCUCCUACUAUGAUUGGAAUUUUGAGGCUAGCUCCGGGGAGGAGCACACCACACCUAUACCCUCGUGGGUCUGGCUGUGCACGGCCGUCAACAUCUUUCUCGCCUACACCCUGGACGGCAUCGAUGGCAAGCAAGCGCGAAGGAUCGGUCUGUCUGGGCCACUGGGCGAACUAUUUGAUCACGGCCUGGACUCGUACACAGCCAUGCUGAUACCCACAUGCCUCUACAGUAUAUUCGGCAGGAGCAGGGUCUAUUCCGUGCGACCGAUGCGCAUGUACUACGUCUGCCUCACGGUCUACUUUAACUUCUUUGUGUCCCACUGGGAGAAGUACAAUACGGGCAUAUUGUAUCUGCCCUGGGGCUACGACCUGAGCAUGUGGGGCAGCACUGCCAUGUACUUGAUCACCUGGUGGUUGGGCUUCGAGCGUUGGAAGUUCGAGCUGCCGCUGGGCUCCUUUGGCACCCUGCCAAUGGGCAAUGUUAUGGAGGCCGUACUCCAUGUGAGUGCCAUGGCCAAUCUUCCGCUAGUCAUUAUCAAUGUCUACAACUCCUAUAAACAACGCACAGGCCGAAUGUUGUCGCCAUGGGAAGCAAUUCGUCCCAUGUGGCCAUUUUUCUCGUACUUCAUCAUCCUGCUAAUAUGGCCCUACAUCUCGCCGAACAACAUCAUGGAGACGGAUCCUCGGGCCGUAUUCAUGCUCAGCGGCACCAUCUUCUCGAAUGUCAGCUGUCGGCUGAUUGUCUCACAAAUGUCGGUGACGCGCUGCGAGGCCUGGCACUGGCAGACACCCAUGUUUGCCUUCUCGCUGCUUCUGAGCGUCUGGAUACCGCUGCUGGAGCGGCCGUUGCUCUACCUACUGCUAAUUGCCACCACACUGACCCACUGGCACUACGGGGCCAGUGUCGUGAACCAAAUGUGCGAACACUUCAAUCGUGUCUGCUUCACGGUGAACAAACGGCUGCCAGAAGAGGAAUUCGAGAAACGGAAAAAGAUGUUGCUACUGGAACCGGAACAGAAUGAGAAUCAGAAACCUGAAGAACCACUCAAGAAGGAGGAUUAGGAGGGUUAUGCGCGUCAAAACUGUUUUGCUCAUUUUGUGUUUUCGGUCAAGAGUUAUUUUCUUUUGCAUGUUCUGUUCAUCAUGGAGGCUGUUUAGUUAAAAGAUUUUAAUGAGAUUUUUUCCUAGUUAGAAAUUAAUUUUAAAAUGGGUCUUGAUCCCAGUAUUAAGGCCAAGUGUUGGAGCUUGUUUUGGCUUUUUGUGUAAUGCUCUCUUCCAAAAAAAAACCCACAAUUCGAGUAGGGUAGCUUUAGCAACUAAACAUUAUCUGGACCUAUAACUAAUUCCUCUUCAUAGCUUAAUUAUAUCCACUAGUAAUCAUGACAAGUGGUCUAAUCCGCUGAUAAGAUUAGACCCAUAAAUAUACAUAAAUAUUUGAUAAGCCUUACAAGUUCCAGUGCAUUAAAUCCCACUAAAAAAAAAACCUAACGCAACACCGAACAGACCGACCAGUAUACAACAUCAUCUAGGUUAGACAAUUUACAAUUAUUUCACAUUUUCCUACUACUUAAGAACAAAAAACUAUGUAAAUCUAAAGCUCUCGCUUCCUUUGGUCCAGAGUAUUUGUUUUAAUUCGCAUACCUUCUAUGUGCGCUAUGCUUAAUUUAUUUCCAUUGUAUUAUUUUGUGAUUAUUCCACUUAGAGACAGACACAGACACACGCAACACAACACAGCAAUACUAUGUUCAAUUUCUAACAACAAAUAA